UCUUCUCUCUGAUGAACGAGGCCGUUGAAGCAACGCACAGUGCAAAACUGCAGUCUACAGAUUCGUUUUCUUCCACUCAUCGCAUUAAAUUAAUUGUUAAACAGUAUAUUUGAAUAAUUGAGUAUGAUAAUAGUAAUAAAUAAUUAUUCUAGGAAUUAAUCAGACAUGCGCAGUUAUAAAAUAACCUGUCUAGUUUUCAAUUCUUUUUCGAGCCCCUCUCUCUCACUCUUUCUUUCGAGGAACAUAAGAAAGAGCUCUUUGUGUUCGUGUCGAGGACGACAUAUUGUUUGAUCUUUGUUGUUCCGACAAGACGGGGAAAUGGAUAGACGACGUCGGAGACACAGCAAGGCCAAAGCUUCGUGUUCCGAAGAAGUAAGUAGCAUCGAAUGGGAAGCUGUGAAGAUGUCGGAGGAAGAAGAAGAUCUCAUUUCUCGGAUGUAUAAACUCGUCGGAGACAGGUGGGAAUUGAUAGCCGGGAGGAUUCCUGGGCGGACGCCGGAGGAGAUCGAAAGAUAUUGGCUUAUGAAACACGGUGUCGUUUUUGCCAACAAACGAAGAGAAUUUCUUAGGAGAUGAUUUUUGUAUUAAUUAAAAAAAUUGUCCUCUUCUGAAUAUUCGCAUGACAAGGAAAAACUAAAAGCAGAUGUUGUUUUAAUUUACUAGUUUUUAAUGUAUAAUUAAUUUCUAUAUAUAAAAAAAAAAUUCUUAGGAGCUU